AUGCCACCUAAACCUAAACAAAAGGCGAAACAACCGUCGCAACAACCGCCACCACCACCACCACCAGCAGCAGCACAAUUAAUUGAAGAUAUUUUAUCAAGUGAUGAAGAAGAAGGUGGAGUUAAAUUACCAACUAAAUCAAGUGUAAAGAAUGCAUUGAAAAAGGUGAAAAAAGAGAGAGAUAGAGAAUUGAUUAGACAAUUAAAAGAUCAACAAGAUAUGGAGUUGGAAGCGUUACAAGCUAUAUUCAACGACGAAUUUAUUACAAUGGAUCCAAUUAUAAUCAAUAGGAAUAUGGAUACGAUAAUCGAGGGUAUUAAACCAAUUAGAGAGAGUGCAAGAUUCAGAAUUACAAUCAAACCAUACGUUGGGGAUGACGAGAAAUGUUUUGUAUCUAUUUAUUUAGUGGUGGGAUUCCCCGAGAAAUAUCCAGUUGUGUUACCAUCAAUCCAAGUUUUAGUCAACAAAGGACUGCCACAAAAGAAAGCAAUAGAAUUGGAGGAGAAGUUAAUAAGAGAAUCUCAAGGUAAAAUCGGUAACAUUAUGAUAUUUGAUCUUUGUGAAAUCGCCAAAGACUUUUUAAAUGAAAAUAAUUUCGAACCAACACAAUCGAUCCACCAUGAUUUCAGAUCACAUCAACAAAAGAUAUCAAUUGAAAUUAGUACGAAUGAACAACAACAACAACAAUUACAACAAUUACAACAACUACAACUUCAAUAUAAUAAUGAUACUAAAAAAGAAUGGGAAUCAACAUUAGAAGAAAGUCAAUUAAAAGAGGAUAGAAAGAAUUAUAGACUUCAAAAAAGUAUUCAAAGAGCACAAUAUGAAAAAGAAAGAAAGAAAACAAUUGUAAAUGAAUUUACAAAUGGACCACAAUCAAAAUUAUCAAAACAACAAAGAAAUAUAGAUUAUUCAAUUGAUCAUUCAAUAAAUAAUAAUAAUAAUAAUAAUAAUAAUGCUUUUAAUAAUUUUAAUAAUAAUAAUAAUAAUAAUAAUACAAAUAAUAGUAAUGUUUCAAGUAUUGAUAAUAAAACAAUUGAUAAACAACAAACUAUGAUACUUCAUUUACUUCGUUUACUUUGUCAAAAUGAUUCAAAUAUUACAAAUGAUCAUAUUAAAACAUUGGGAGAACAAUUAGUACAAAUGGGUAUAUUUAAUAGAAAUCAUUUAUCAUUAUUAAAUAUGCAUAAUUCAAAUGAUAAUCAAAUUUAUCAACAUAUAUUUCAAGAUUACUUUUUAAAACAAUUUAAUGAUAUUUCAUUAAGUGAUUUAAAGAAUAAUGUUGAUUCAGCAGCAAAUAAUUCUGGUCACUUUUUAAAUAAAUUUUGGGAUACUUUAAAUAAAACUAAUGAAAAUAGUGGUUUAAAGAAAUCACCAUCAACUUUUGAAUAUAGUGGUGAAGGAGGAGGAGGGGGAGUAGGAGGAGGAUCAUCACAAAAAACAAUUAAUCCUCAUCAACAAUCUAGAUAUCAUUCAGAUUUUGAAGAGAUUCAAUUACUUGGUAGAGGUGGGUUUGGUCAAGUAGUUAAAGUUAGAAAUAAAUUAGAUGGCAGAUAUUAUGCAAUUAAAAAGAUUAAAUUGGAUAGUAAUCAAUCAUUGAAUAGAAGAAUUCUAAGAGAAGUAAUAACAUUAUCAAGAUUACAUCAUCAACAUGUUGUAAGAUAUUAUCAAGCUUGGAUUGAAAGUGCUGAAAGUUUAUCAUUAACAAAUGAUAAUUCUGAUGAUGAUGAUGAUGAUGAUGAUGAGUUUGAAAGUGGAAGUGAAAGUGAAGAAAGUCAAAGUGAAAGUGAAAGUGAAAGUAGUGAAAGUGAAGAAAGUAGUGAAAGUGAAGAAAGUAGUGAAAGUAGUGAAAGUGAAGAAAGUGAAGAAAGUGAAUAUUCUGAUGAUUCUGAAUUUGAAUCAGAAGAGAAUAAUGAUUUUGAUCAAUCAUUUUCAGAGGUAUUCUUAUUUCAAAAUGGUAAUAAGAGAUCAUUAGAAUUUGAUUUAACUGAUGAUAGUUAUUCAUUCCUUCAUUCAGAUUGUGGCUUUCUACUUGAAGUUUUUGAUUUAAAUAAUAAAAUUGGUGGUAAUAAUACUAGAAGUAUGGGUUCAAGUAAUCAACAUUUACAACAACAACAACAACAAAAUCAAUCACAACAACAAAAGAAACAACCACAACAAAAUCAAUCACAACAACAAAAGAAAUUAAAAAAUAGUAAUAGUAAGAGUAAAAGUAAGAGCAAGAGUAAAAGUAAAAGUAAAAGUAAAAGUAAUAGUAAAAAAUCAAUUUCAUCAAGCAAAUUAAAGAAUAUUAAAAAAUCAACAUCGAUACCAUAUCUUUAUAUUCAGAUGGAAUACUGUCAAAAGAUUUUAAGAAAUUUAACAGAAACUGGUAUGAAUUUAGAAGAUGAUGAUAUUUGGAAAUUAUUUAGACAAAUUGUUGAGGGUAUGGCAUAUGUUCAUGGUCAAGGUAUCAUUCAUAGAGAUUUAAAACCAUCGAAUAUAUUUUUCGAUUCAUGUGGUGAUAUUAAAAUUGGUGAUUUUGGUUUAGCAAUUAAUAAUAAAACAACCUCAACCCUAUCACCAACAACUAACAUAAAUUCAUCAACAAGUAGUGCUGGUUCAUUAACAACUUCUUCCAAUUCUGUACAAUCUGUAAUUAAUACAAAACAACAACAACAACAACAACAACCACAAAAUUAUUGGGAAGAUGAAGUUGAAGGUCAACAACAACAACAACAACAACAACAGCAACAACAACAACAACAACAACAACAACAACAACAACAACAACAACAUACAGCAAGAGUUGGUACAUUAUUUUAUACAAGUCCAGAACAAGAAGCAGGUACAAAUGGUGAUAGUGCAUAUGAUGAUAAAGUUGAUAUGUAUAGUUUAGGUAUUGUUUUCUUUGAAAUGUGGUAUGUUUUUUCAACUGGUCAUGAAAGAGUUAUCGUUUUAAGAAAUCUUCGUGAAAAAUUUGAAUUCCCAAGUGACUUUGAACGUAAUCAUUCUAGACAGGCAACAUUGAUUCGAAUGUUAAUCGAUAAAGAUCCAGCAAAAAGACCAAGUGCUCAACAAUUAUUACAAAGUGAAUUAAUGCCACCAAAAAUGGAGGAUGAAUAUAUUAAGAAUUCAAUUCGUGUAAUUACAAAUCCAACUAAUCAAUUCUAUCAAACUAUGUUAAAUUCAUUGUUUUCACAAAAUCAUCAACAUCUUCAUUCCCAUAUUUAUCAUCAUCAACAAUCAAGUGUAACUUCAUCCUCCUAUAGUAAAUCCUUAUUUUGUAGUUUAGAUUUACUUCAAGUUAAACAAUUGGUUGAUGAUGUCAUAAUAACAAUCUUAAAAAAACAUAAUGCUAAUGAAAUGUUAACACCCCAAAUGUCAAUAAUUAAAGAAUGGAAUGAACAACCAAAUUUAUUUAAUAAUUCAUCAUCAUCAUCAUCAACUACUACCACUACAUCCACCACAAAUACUGCUAAUAAUACAAAUUCAGUUGUAAUAAAUAAAUCAACAUCUACAUCAAAUAUUAAUAAAGUUUCAAAUAAAACUGGUAAAUCAAUAUUAAUGGAUGAUAGUGGUCAACUUUUAGAAUUAAGACAUGAUCUUCGUGUUUCAUUUAAAUCAUUUAUUGAAACUGAAUUUUUAAAUCUUGGUGAUCAUUAUAAACAUCAUCAUCAACAACAAAAUGAUGUUCGUCAUGACAAUAGUAGUAAUGGUAAUAGUAAUAAUAAUAAUAGUAAUGAUCGUCAUCAUGAUCAAGAUAAAUCUAAUACUACGACAAGAUCAGUUGAUGAAAUUUUAGAAUUACUUUCAAAAGCACCAAUUAAACGUUAUGAAUUUGGACAUGUAUUUAGAAAACCACAUUUAGUUGGUAAAUUACCAAAAGAAUUAUCACAAUUUUGUUUUGAUGUUUUUGGUUCAUCUUCAUUGUAUUCCGAUGCUGAAACGAUUAAAGUUACAACGGAAAUUUUCGAUUCAUUACCAUCGACUCAAAAUUUUUAUUUCGUACGUUUAAAUCAUUUCGGUAUCGUUGAAUAUAUGUGGAAAUUCAUUGGUAUCACUGAUCUAACCUUAAAGAAUGAAAUUAGUCAAGUGGUGAGUCAAUUAAUUCGUCAACCAUGGUUCACUGUUAAAAAAGUUUUAUUAGAGAAAUUUAAACUUCCUUUAAAACAAGUUGAAAGAAUAGCAAAUUGGGUAUUAGUUAAAGGUACAAUACCAGAUGUUUUAAAGAAAUUAGAUGCUUCUCAAAAUAAUAAUCCAUUAUUAUCUGGUAAUGGUAGUUUAGGUAAUAAUAAUAAUAACAAUAAUAACAAUAACAAUGUUAGAAUUAGUUCAUCAUUUACAGAUUUAUUAGAAGAUAUUAGACAAUUAGCAGUUUAUUUUGAAAAAAUGUCAAUUUCACCUCAUAAAGUAAUUUUUGAUCUUUCUUAUUGUUUUAGUGAAAAUUUCUAUUCAACUGGUAUAAUGUUUCAAGUUAUAUUAAAAGAAGAAAAGCAUGAAUGUCUUGCUGUUGGUGGUAGAUAUGAUUCACCACUUAAUUUAAAUAAUAGUAAUAAUAGUAGUAGUAGUAGUAGUAGUAGUAGUAGUAAUAAUAAUAAUAGCUAUAAUAAUUAUAAUAAUAAUAAUAAUUAUAAUUAUAAUUAUUAUAGUAAUUGUUAUUUAACAAAUUUUAAUUUACCAAUUACUGGAUUAAGUGUUGCGAUGGAUAAGGUCUAUUCGAGAGAACGUGAAUUAUAUUCACAAAAGAGAAGACAACAAUUACCUCCAACUUUGUCAAGUGAAAGUCAAAUGAUUGCUCAUAAAUUCUCAACUCCUGAUAUCUUUGUCAUUAGUCUUGGUCCAAACUUAUUUUUAGAACGUAUUGGUAUAGUUGGUGAUUUGUGUAAUGCAGGAUUUAAUGCUGAAACUAUGUAUAUUGAAAAUCCAACACCAGAAGAACAACAAGACGCUUCAAUCACUUCUGGUGCUCUUUACAUUAUCACUAUUAAAGAAAAAGGUGCAAAGAAGACAAUUAAAGUUAAAAAUAUUGAAAAAAGAAGAGAAGAUGAUGUAUCUCGUGAUGAAAUCGUCAAAUUUUUUACACUUUCAAAUUUUAAUUCAAAAUCACGUUUAAAUAUAUAA